GACAAGUAAAAACGAAUUCAGUAAAACCAUUUGUCUAAAUUGGUAAACACAAGAAAUUUUAAUUAAAUGUAAAAUUGUCGAUUAAAGUGCAGUCUAAACAUGAACAGUCUCAAUAUACCUACGGAUUUUGGCCCAGAUUCAGGCGGUCGUGUAAAAGGUUUGGUUAUAGUUAAGCCUAUUGUGUAUGGUAAUAUUGCACGAUCCUUUGGCAAAAAGAACGAGGAUGGACAUACACAUCAAUGGAAAGUAUAUGUAAAGCCGUAUCACAAUGAAGAUAUGUCCGUUUACGUGAAAAAAGUUCACUUUAAAUUACACGAAAGUUAUGCCAAUCCAAAUCGAAUUGUAACGAAACCGCCUUAUGAAAUUACCGAAACCGGUUGGGGUGAAUUUGAAGUAGUCAUCAAAAUAUAUUUCCAUGAUCCCACAGAAAGGCCGGUAACUUGCUAUCAUAUAUUAAAGUUAUUCCAAAGCCCUGUGGUUGAUGGUGAGCUAUCGAGCACAAAUUUGGACAAUACCAAACGAAUGGGCGCUGCUAAUGUGCAUUUGGUAUCCGAGUCGUAUGAGGAAAUCGUUUUCCAAGAGCCCACACAGCUAAUGCAACAUUUUCUCAUGAACGUACAACCGUUAACAAGUGGAUCAUACACACAUGAUACCGAUUUUGAGACAAAGAAAGAGAAAACCUUGGAAAAUAUAAUUGAUGUAAAAGGAAAAGUAAAAAGUGAAAUAAACUCCCUAAAGGACAAGUUAAAACUAGCACGUGAAACCAUAGCGAAGUUCAAAGCAGAACUUGCAAAAGUACAAAAGCCACCUACUUCAUAAGUAUAUAAACUGAACUUCCAAAAAAAGUUAAGAAACUAUUAUAAGAAAAGAUUUGUAAAAUAUUUGAAAAUUUACAGAUACAAAUAC